UAGCCAAAAAUCAAAAGUAGUAUACUAUAUGUUAAUUUCGUUCUAUCUACCCAAUAUGUGUUUGGAAUUAAUUGAGGUGCAAAUAGCUAGCUCGAACACCACAGUUAUAAAAAUAAAAAUAAAAAUAAAAAAGCAAUGACUAGUGGGACUAAAAGUCUUAUUAUUAGCCAAUUUUCAAAAAAACUUUCAUCGAAAAAACAAUAAUGGAAGUGAAGUUGAAGAUACUACUACUACUGCAGUUGAUCUCUUUCACAGUCAUUUUGUUCAUCGUUGCAACAGUUAGAGCUGGAGAAGAAGUAGAAUAUGUCCGGCCUCCGCCGCGUAAAGCCUUUCGUUUGCCAUGGGAUCCAAAACUUUCCUCCCAACCUCAACAGGUUCACAUCUCAUUAGCUGGGGACAAACACAUAAGAGUAUCAUGGAUCACAUCUGAUAAAUCUUCUCCUUCGGUUGUUGAAUAUGGCACAUCCACCGGAGAAUACAGUUUUAAAGCUCAAGGAGAAAGUACCAAGUACAGUUACCUGUUUUAUAGGUCCGGAAUGAUACACCAUACUGUGAUUGGACCAUUGCAAGACAACACAGUGUACUUCUACAGAUGUGGUGGCGAAGAUCCGGAGUUCCAGUUCAAAACUCCACCGUCUAAGUUUCCAGUUACUUUUGCCGUGGCAGGUGAUUUGGGCCAGACUGGAUGGACGAAGUCAACUUUAGACCAUAUAGACCAAUGUAAAUAUGAUGUUCAUUUGCUCCCCGGUGACCUUUCUUAUGCUGAUUAUAUUCAACAUAGGUGGGACACAUUUGGUCAACUGGUUCAGCCGCUGGCUAGUGCAAGGCCAUGGAUGGUGUCGCAAGGGAAUCAUGAAAAAGAAAACAUACCAUUCAUUGUGGAUAAAUUUAUAUCUUACAACUCCAGGUGGAAGAUGCCAUUUGAGGAGAGUGGAUCUACUUCAAAUCUCUAUUAUUCAUUUGAUGUUGCAGGGGUUCAUACGAUCAUGCUUGGUUCAUAUACCGACUAUGAUGAGUACUCUGAUCAAUACAGAUGGCUGAAGGCUGAUCUUCUAAAAGUUGAUCGUAAAAAGACCCCUUGGUUGGUUGUGUUAUUCCAUGUGCCAUGGUAUAAUAGCAAUGAAGCCCAUCAAGGUGAAGCUGAUGACAUGAUGUCAACUAUGGAGCCUCUGCUGUAUGCAGCUGGUGCAGAUAUAGUGUUUGCUGGGCAUGUUCAUGCUUAUGAGCGCACGAAUCGAGUUUAUAAUGGCAAACCUGAUCCUUGUGGUGCGAUUCACAUAACAAUUGGUGAUGGAGGAAAUAAAGAAGGUUUAGCGCGCAAGUACGAGCAACCCCAACCAGAAUGGUCUGUCUUCCGUGAAGCAAGCUUUGGCCAUGGUGAACUUGCGAUCAUUAAUUCAACUCAUGCUUCUUGGAGUUGGCAUAGGAAUGAUGACGAUGAACCAGUGAGGUCCGAUCAGGUUUCGAUUACCUCAUUGAUUGGUUCAGGAUGCAGCAGCAUUGGAGUCAUGAACUAAGAAAAAUCCUUGAAGCUCUCUUAGUAACAGAAACAAAGUACUUAUUGUUGUUAUAUAAAGUUGAUUCAGAAAAUAUAUUAAUUAAGGAAUAUGAUAGUAGUCUCUUGCUUUAUAGGAUUAUUACCUACUACUUACCUUCAACUAUGCUUGUACUUGACUACCAAUAGCAUAAGCCACAUGAAGGUGACAAAGAAAGCCAAACUAUAUUCAUCAA